CAUAAUCACUUGUUGUAGCGAAUAGACCCCAAACUCGCUUGCAUGGAGAGAGCUUUCAAGACUCGCACGUCCGGCCAGGGCGCGCGACCGUGUCAACGCUGCUCUAGGUUCACUCGCUCCGCUGUUUGCGUUCAAGCCCUUGGACGCGGCGAGGACCAUGAGCUGAAUUGCACAACUCGGCGGGGCUUCGUGGCGCGCGUGUUGGGCGGGGCUGUGGCAGGGGGCGUCGGAGCAGUGCUCGGCGACACGCGGCCCGCGGGUGCCCUCACGCUCGAGCAAGUGACGCCGACCGUGGUGCCCGCUCCUGCCCUGCCACCAAGGGAGGCUGCAAUUGUGUCGGCCUUCGAGCGCGCCAACUACUCCAUCGUCAACGUGGUGGACUUGCUACUGCCGGGGCGUGCCGCUGCCAAUCCCGAGGUGGACAUCCCGGAGGGCAAUGGCACCGGCCUGAUCUGGGAUGGCGAGGGCCACGUGGUCACCAACUACCACGUCCUGCUCAACAGCCUCAAGGGACUGAGCGGACCCAACCCAGCAGCCAACAGGCCCAAGGUGGCCAAGGUGACGCUGCUGAACGCUGCGGAGGGCGGUCUGGAGCAAACGCUGGACGCCGUGUUGGUGGGCGUGGAUCGAACUCGCGACCUCGCGGUGCUGCAGCUGGUGGCGCCGCCGGCGGGGGCGCUGCGGCCGGCGGCACUGGGCAGCAGUGCCACGCUGCGGGUGGGGCAACAGUGCCUGGCCAUCGGGAACCCCUUCGGCUUCUCCCACACAUUGACCACCGGCGUCAUCAGCGCACUCAAUCGGGAUAUCAAGAGCCAGCUGGGUACCACCAUUCCGGGCGGCAUCCAGACAGACGCCGCCAUCAACCCCGGCAACAGCGGCGGCCCAUUGUUGGACAGCAGCGGCGCCGUCAUUGGCAUCAACACGGCCAUCUUCACACCCAGCGGCAGCAGCGCGGGGGUGGGGUUCGCCAUCCCCGUGGACAUGGUCAAGUCGGUGGUGCCGCAGCUCAUCGCCAACGGCAGGGUGGUGCGGCCUUCGCUGGAUGCGCAGAUUGCGGCGGACACGGUGGCGGCGCGCCUCAACGUGGGCCGCGGUGCGCUCAUCCAGGCCGUCACUGCGGGUGGCGCGGCGGAGAAGGCUGGGCUGCUGCCCACCCGCCGCGGUCUGUCGGGCAUCGUUGCGGGCGACGUGAUCCAGGCCAUCAACGGCCGCGCGGUCAACAGCGCCGGCGACCUGCUGGUGGCGCUGGACGGACUGGCGGCGGGCGAGCGGGCGGAGCUGAGGAUUGUGAGGUCCACAGACCAGGGCCUGCAAGAGCUGUCUGUCGCGGUUACGCUGUCGGCUGAGAAGUAGAGAGCUGCAGGGGCCACAUCGUGUGGAAACAGAGGCUGAACCGGGUGACCACAUGAUGGCGUUUUGUGGUGGUCGGUGGCCUUAGUGGGAGCAUAGCAGGCGAGGCGUUGGCAUGUGUGAUGCCAGUGGGGCCGCAGACGGUGGAGGGCUGAGUUGGGCGGGUUAGCCGUUCAUGCGAAGGACGGAGUGAGUUAAACGGGUACGAGCUCGGGUACGAGGGCUGGAUUCAAUAGGCUGUGCAAGGCAGGACAGUACAGAUGGGUGCACUGCAGCUCAGCGGAUCAAUGUGUGUACGGUAAUGCUUGGGUGCGUUGUACCUCUAGGUCUACGAGACCGAACAUGCGGGGCAUAUGGAUGCGGAUUACAAUGAAGGGACAGCCCGACAAGCGGGGGCACGCCGUACCCACGCCGCGAGGGGCCAUCUUCGACCCAGAGAAACAACACCCGCC